AUGACCCAGGUGAAGAGAAAAGCGGCAGAUCUCGCCGUGCCUUCCAAAGGGGAGGAUCCAGAAGAGCGGAAGCGGGUCUUGAACGUUCUCGCCCAAAGAAGGUACAGACAGCGACGCAAGGAGCAUGUGAAAAAGCUCGAGGCUGCCGCAAAAUCACCACAGCCUCAGACGACGGCCACAUCACCGUCGUCACCAGAGGCAGCUCGGAAUGAAGUAGCGUCAGGUGGCGAGAACGGGGCGACAGGCAGCAAAGAAGAAUCACAGCCAAUUGAUGCCUCAGCAUUUGAGAAGCUGGACAGAGCCUACCCGCCCGCCGUCUUCGAGCAGGCGGUGGCUACAUCAGUUGCAGGUGCGCUCGACGACCCUUUCGCCUACGACUUGUCCUACACAGUCUUCCCCGAAGACUUGCAGCUCUCAACCCAGAGUGAUCCAUGGCGGCUACCAUCAUUGCCCGGAUCGCCAAGUUGCCUCUCAUCAACACACGCCUCAUCUCUAACAUCCUUCUCCUCCCCAGUUACCGAUUCCACCAAGUCUCCCACUUACGACUUCCCGGAUGAAGCCCACCUUGAAGUCCUCGAGCUUGCCCUGCUUCGCGGCGCCACCGCCAUCGCUUCCCGCCUCGGUAUACGCGAGCUGAUCUGGCAACUCGAUGCGCUCUCUCCAUUCAGCGACCCACUGAACAGCUUCGCCGACUACUCUCACCUCCCACCGAACCUGCAGCCAACAGCCCUACAACGAACGCAGCAACACUCGCCCAUCAUCGACCUCCUCCCCUGGCCGACCGUGCGCGACAAGCUAAUUCAUGUCCUGUCCGCCCCAGUAGAUCUCCGACCCGCUAUCGCCGCCACGCCAACGGCGCUUGUCGACUUUGUCUACGACUUAGAAGACAGUGCCGAGGGCGCACGUAUCUGGGGAGACGAUCCGUACAGCGACCGGAACUGGGAGGUGGGUGAGAAGGUAUUUCAAGGCUGGUGGUGGGCAUUUGACACCGAGGUCGUGAAACGCUCGAAUGAGAUGCGGUCGCGUAGGGGGGCGCGGUUGCUCGGACAGGAGCGUGGGGCGGUUCUGGGCGAGGUUACGUGA